CGCACCGUCACCAAGAUGGAGGCCGGGACCGCACGGAUGCUGCUGCCGCCGCCGCCGUUCUGGGCCGGGGGUCCGGCCCCGGGGCAAGCGCACGACCCCUGCGCGCCCGGCCCCACCGCGGGCGUCCUGCCCCUCACCCGCACCCUGAGCCCGAUGGUGACGGGGACCUCGGUGCUGGGGGCGAAGUUCGACGGGGGGGUGAUCAUCGCCGCCGACAUGAUGGGCUCCUACGGCUCCCUCGCCCGGUUCCGCGGCAUCUCCCGGCUGCUGAAGGUGAACGACACCACCAUGCUGGGAGCCUCGGGGGACUACGCCGACUUCCAGUACCUGGCGCAGGUCAUCGACCAGAUGGUGAUCGAUGAGGAGCUGCUGGGAGAUGGUCACAGCUACAGCCCGAAAGCCAUCCAUUCCUGGCUCACCAGAGUCAUGUACAACCGGAGGUCCAAGAUCAACCCGCUCUGGAACACCGUUGUCAUCGGGGGCUUCUACAACGGCGAGAGCUUCCUGGGUUAUGUGGACAUGCUCGGCGUUGCCUACGAAGCCCCCACGCUAGCGACGGGCUAUGGAGCGUACCUGGCUCAGCCACUGAUGAGGGAAGUCCUGGAGAAGAAACCCAGCCUCACGCAGGAGGAGGCCCGCGACCUGAUCGAGCGUUGCAUGAAGAUUCUCUACUACAGAGACGCUCGGUCCUUCAACAGGUAUGAAGUCGCGAUCGCAACGGAGAAAGGGGUGGAGGUGGAAGGACCCCUGACCCUGGAAGCCAACUGGGACAUCGCUCACCUGGUCAGCGGCAUUGAGUGACCCCCGAGAGCUGCCCAGGCCGCCGUGUCCACGUUCCCACCCUUUGGAUGUGCUGUAAAUCUGUUGCUCCUUUUGAAGCUCCAAUCUGGCUCGUUUUGGAAGUAAAAUAAACCUGUUAAGACAAA